AUGGAGGUUGACCGAACCCGUACCCGGAGGGAGAGAACGUUCAUUGGCAGCGAAUGCGCCGUCUGCGAGGAGCCGCUCGAACACACUUUGCGGGGAGAACGGGUAUUGCAGUUUUCCUGCAGCCACGUGUCUCACGAAGCAUGCUUCUACGAGUACAUUCGCGAAUUUGAAUCCCAGUACUGCCCUACUUGCAAUGCGCCUCUUGGCCUCGAUACGAGUCGCGGAGGCAAUGUUUUGGAUAUCGAGAAAAUCAGUAAUAUUGUGCGCUCAGUGACCAUGAGUGAUGCUGCCACAACGCGAAGUGGAAUGACGGGCCAGAAUGCUUGGGAACAACAAUCAAUUCGUCGGCCCCCCAGUGAUAGUGGGAGUCGCUCAAACAACCGGGACCCCUCAUUCGGUACGCGCCGCGACAGUCGGGACACUACAGGUCAGCGAGAACGUGUCGAGCGUCUUACCACCGCAUCGCAACCUCGUCAGACCCACUCACGGAACGGCAGUGUAGCGGGCUCCUCCGGGGAUUACCAUGAGGGUCAACAUCCUAGCAGUGGCCGACGCCAUGACUAUGACGUGCAAGCCAUGGAAUCCGAUUUGAGUCCGCGCCAAGGAGUCACCAAGAACCCCAUCCCAGCCCCAAUUGUUACCGUGCGCAGCGAAUUCCCCACUAUGAACAGAUCCCGCCAACAACAGUCCCUGACAUGUUUGAUCACCGUGGAAGUCCCCGAGGGAAACUGGCGCCCCAAUGCAGAUGACUUGCGACACAGCCAAGCCACCCAACAGCAGCUGGAUGAGCCAUAUUCUGCGCGAUUUGGAGGUUCUCAGGAUGCUCGUUCUAUCCAGCAGGAGCCGGCAGAGAAUCUGGACGAGAUCGCGGAAGACCUCAAGAGCCGAGUAGACAAUUGGCACGGCUUGGAGUUUAACAGAUUCGGCAAGCUCCGUCUGCACGGUCAAAUGCGUGUUGGCAAAGACCGAGAAUCAUGGCAAGAGUUGGAAUGUUAUCUAUUCGCUGAGAUGCUUAUCUGCGUCAAGGAAAAGAAGCCCUCCAGUUCACAGCAAUACGAAGACCCCGAGAAGCGCAAGCGCCCACGCUUCACCCUCAAGGGUUCGAUUCUUAUCAAGAAGCACUUGAAAUCCCUCGAAGCAGGGACCGAUCAACCUAUCCUCUCCCUCAACCUAUCAGUCAGCGAACUCCCUUACUUCUACCUACGCUUCCAGUCUCGCCAGCAACUAGAAAUAUGGCGCCGGGCCUUGAUGGAUCUGCACCCAAUUGAGAAUCUGUCGCGUGGCCAGGAUUACGAGUUCGAGAACUCCGGCGCAGAGGAGGAUGAUUACCGGAACAGCCGCAUUCAACGACAAGCUUCCAUCAAUUCAUCUUAUGGUGCGGGCAAGUCGAACAACACUGCCAUCACCGAUUAUAGCAACCCCGAUCUGGACAAACCGUCGUUCGAUUCGUUCCACGUUCCUAUUGAUAUCGUCGUGGUCAUUCCGGUAUCUUCAUCUAUGCAGGGUCUUAAGAUUACCCUGUUACGCGAUGCCCUGAAGUUCCUUGUUAUGAAUUUGGGUCCCCGGGACCGCAUGGGUUUGGUGACAUUUGGUUCGAGUGGCGGUGGUGUACCAUUGGUGGGCAUGACCACCAAGAACUGGAAUGGAUGGAAUAAGAUCCUUGAUUCAAUCAGGCCCGUGGGACAGAAGAGUCUGCGUGCUGAUGUGGUCGAGGGUGCAAAUGUGGCAAUGGAUCUCCUGAUGCAGCGCAAGUUAAACAACCCCGUUUCAACUAUCUUGUUGAUUAGUGAUUCGUCUACCUCGGAUCCCGAAAGUGUUGAUUUCGUGGUCUCGCGCGCCGAGGCAGCCAAGAUCAACAUCCACUCGUUUGGACUUGGUCUCACCCACAAACCGGACACGAUGAUCGAGCUAUCCACACGCACCAAAGGCUCAUAUCUCUACGUGAAGGACUGGAUGAUGCUGCGUGAAUGUGUUGCCGGCUGCCUGGGUGCCUUGCAGACCACAUCUCAUCAAAAUGUCAAGCUCAAGCUUCGCUUGCCUGAAGGUUCUCCAGCCAAGUUUGUGAAGAUCAGCGGUGCCCUUCACACCACCAAGCGUGCUACAGGCAAGGACGCUGAAGCCGCUCUGGGAGACCUCCGAUUUGGUGACAAGCGUGAUGUCUUGGUGCAGCUAGUUAUCUCUCCUGACAAUGCUACGCAGGACAACAUGCCCCAGGACCCUUGGGAGAGCUUGGUCUCCGGAUUGGAGGCGUUGGGCGGUGGUAUGGAUGGAGAUGAGCAGCGGGUUCUCAGUGUGGAAGAGGUCCCACUGAUCCAGGCUGACCUGACCUAUGGUGACCUUCUUCGUGAUGGACACCUCACUCAUUCUCCUCGCCCGUCGCUGCUUGCUAUCACCAUGCUUCCACCAAACCCCAAGGCCAAGAACCAAAGACCCAUGACUCCUCCCAUCCCCCCUCACCCAUCUAUUGUGCAGCGUCGCAUGGAGCUGCUUACCUCUGAUAUGUUGACUCGCGCGCUCACUCUCGUUUCCCGUGGUCAACAAGACCGUGGCCAGCAUCUUUUGAACGAAACCCGAAGUAUUCUCAAGGGUCUUGGCAAGGGUGGCUUGCCUCCCCUUCCCCCAGGAGCUUCGCGCCCGUCGGGUACCAGUGACUCGGGCAGCCGAGGCGACAAUACUCCGAGCUCCUCAUCCCCCAAAUCUUCCAAUUUCGGUGAUGGCCAUGCCUCUGAAACCGCUACCAUCACACCUUCCUCUGCUGUUGACGGUCAGACCAUGACUGCCCUCAACGCGGAUCUAGAUUCAGCACUGGAGUGGAUCAACCACCCGGCCGUCUUCGGUCGCGAUUCUCGUAAAGCGGUCUUACAGAGCAUCGGCGUUAUUUCAUCACAGCGCGCCUACACCUACCGCACACCGUCUGAAGCUCACUGGGCGCAACGGAUUUCGGGUGUCCGUCGAUUGACCGACCGUUCAAAAGACUGGCGGGAGAUUGGGGGUGAAGACGCGUUGACCGAAGAGUGA